GGUGAGGUUAGCAUAAACAAAUGGUGGAAGGGCACGGGUGGAAUUUUGGGAACUUGAAUUUGAAAUGAGGCGGGGCCUCCUAUUCCAUUCCGAUUCAGAAGAAGUAAACAAGUGAAGGAGCUUCUCCAAAACAGAAUCAGAUCCAAAUGUCGAAGGAAACUCGAACCUCCGCUCGAAGAAACCCUCAAACCGAAUCAAACGAGAACGAAUUCGAACCAUGCCCCCCGAACCAAAUCAACUUCCCACCUCCCCGAACCCCCUUCAGCUCCAUACCUGACCCCUCUCGGUUCGGAAACGCCACUCCCAGGCUCUCCGUUAGGUUCGGGAAGCCGCAUUCCGAACCUAACUCGGCGCAGAGCACGCCUUCUAGAAACACUUCCAGGCUUUCACUCGGCGGAGGAAGGUUAAGUUCGUGUGCGUUCGUUAAAGAGACCGAAUUCUGCGUCCACGUUCCGCAUUUCGACCUCAAAGACGACCCGUCGUUCUGGACGGAUCAUAAUGUGCAGGUGCUGAUUAGAAUUCGACCGUUGAGUAAUUCGGAGAAGGUUUCGCAAGGGCAUGGUAGGUGUUUGAAGCAGGAGAGUGCGCAAACUUUGGUCUGGCUCGGUCAUCCUGAAACCAGAUUCACCUUUGAUCAUAUAGGAUGUGAGACCUUAUCACAGGAAAACCUGUUCAGAGUUGCUGGAGUGCCCAUGGUGGAGAAUUGUUUGUCUGGUUACAACAGUUGUAUGUUUGCUUAUGGUCAGACGGGUAGUGGCAAAACAUAUACCAUGAUGGGUGAAAUUAAGGAAACAGAAGGAUACCUUACUGAAGAUAGUGGGAUAACACCAAGAGUUUUUGACUAUUUGUUUACGAGGAUUAAAGCGGAAGAAGAGAGAAGGAAGUAUUACAAGCUGAAAUACAGUUGCAAGUGUUCCUUUUUGGAGAUAUACAAUGAGCAAAUAACUGAUCUUCUUGAACCUUCAUCAACUAAUCUGCAACUCAGAGAAGAUUUGAAGAAGGGGGUAUAUGUUGAAAACCUUACCGAACAUAGUGUGGACACAGUUUAUGAUGUUCUCAGGCUUUUGUUACAGGGCACUGCAAAUAGAAAGGUGGCUGCUACUCACAUGAACUGUGAAAGCAGUCGGUCUCACAGUGUUUUCACUUGUAUUAUUGAAAGCCAAUGGGAGAAAGAUUCUAUGACCCACUUUAGGUUUGCUAGGUUAAAUUUAGUAGAUUUGGCUGGUUCUGAAAGGCAGAAAAGCUCUGGAGCAGAUAGUGAACGUUUGAAAGAAGCAGCAAAUAUAAAUAAAUCGUUGUCAACACUUGGCUUGGUCAUAAUGACUUUGGUGGACUUAGCCCAUGGGAAGCCUAGGCAUGUUCCGUACAGAGAUUCAAGACUUACAUUUCUUCUUCAGGAUUCUUUAGGUGGUAAUUCAAAGACAAUGAUCAUUGCAAAUGUCAGCCCAUCCAUUUGCUGUGCUAACGAAACACUAAGCACACUGAAGUUUGCCCAGCGAGCCAAGCUCAUUCAAAACAAUGCAAAAGUGAAUGAAGAUGCUUCCGGUGAUGUAAGUGCACUGCAGUGGCAGAUUCAACAGUUGAAGGGUCAACUGUCCUUUCUGAUGAACAAUAAAAAAUUUCCAAGCUCUGUUCCAAAUUUAGAGCCAAAUCCUGAAAGCUGUAGGUUGAGUGAAGUGUCAGAAGAAUAUGAAUCUUUGGGAGAAAGAGUAACAACAGAUCACCAACUACUUAUUCCAAGCAAAGAGGUUCGACAAAAGGAAGAGGAAAUUCAACAUACUUCAAGUAUGCUGAGGCAUUAUAAGGAGAAAAUUAAACAACUUGAGUUAUUGGUAGAUGGGAAACUGUCAGCUGAGAAGUAUCUAAUGGAGGAAAACAGGGCUUUACAGGAGGAGAUUCAGUUGCUUAAAGUGAAUAUUGAUAAAAAUUCAGAAUCAUCCAGACUUGCUUUGGAGAAUGAUAGACUUUUGCAACAACUUCAACUAUUUCAAAACUUCUAUGAGCAUGGAGAGCGGGAAAGAUUGCUGACUGAACUAUCUGAAUUGCGUGAUCAGCUCCUUGUCCAUCUCCAAGAAAAAUUUACAUACUCCAUGAAAAAUGAAAAUCAGGAUACUGAUACUGCACAAGAGUUAGAAGAGUGCCAGAAUAUGAAUUCUAAAUUACUUAGAGAAGUUGGUAUAUUACAAGCAAAUCUUGGAAAAUAUUUGAACUACAAUCAAAUUCUGAAUUCUUCUUUUGAGCAUCCUGGUGAAAUUCUAAAGACUGAUAAAUGUUCAUUGGUUGAGACAAUAUCAAUGAGAAGUGAUUCUGGAGAUGAAAUUCCGUCCUCUACAUGGGAAGCUGAUGAUGCUUUAGCAAAUAUAAUUGAAGGAAAUGCUUUGCGAUCCUCAAUAAUGCUUGCUAAAGAUAAUGAAUAUAACAACGAAGAGUUAGAGGCCAAAUUGGAAAAAAUGAGCAAGGAUCUUGAAGAAGCGAGGUUAGUUAAUGACCAAUAUCAAGAGAAAUGGGCAUUACAAUUAUAUCAAAAACGACAGACUGAAACAAUCUGUCAAGAGGUUGAGAUGGAGACAACCAAUACAAUUCUUCAUUUACAGGAAGAGGUUGCCCAUCUUCAGUCAGAGUUUGAAGAGAGGUUAUGCACCAUUGCUCAAGAAAAUACAGAGCUAAGAAAUAUGGUUGCAGAAAAAGAAGAGGAAAUUAGGUCACGGUGUUUGGACUGGGAAAAGGCAAUCUUGGAACUGACAACUUUCCUCCUAGAAGGCUCCAGAUCUCUCAAAGAUGCCUGUGGUCAGGUGAAAAACAUUUCUUGUUCAUUUCCUCAGGCCAAUGCUUGGAUUAGCGAACAUGUUGACAUGGCGGUCAAAAAGUAUAUUGAGAAGGAGGAAACAAUUCAGCAGCUACAAAGUAGCUUGAAGGAUGCACAGAAGAUGGUAUCGGACAUGGAGCUGAAAAUAAGUUCCUUAAAGGAAGCAACAGUAGCCUUCAAUGCACUUCAACAGUUAGACAACAAUGAAGGCAAUGAGGAGGUGAUUGAGUUGCAAGUGUUGUUAAAUGAGAAGACCAAUAUGAUAAGGAUGCUGGAAAAUGAAAUAAAUCAUAAAAACAAUCAACUUUGUAAGGUAACCAAACAAGCUGAUGCUGCAUUCCUUGUAGCAAAGUGGCUCUCUGAUUGUUAUAAUGUAGCUCACAUGAAUGAUGAUAUUCAAGAUAUUUCCAUUCCUGAACUUGAUGUGCAAGCCAGACUUGGAAAUUGUACUAUUUCUGAGAAUCAAGAUGUUCAAAAUAAUUUGAUACUGAAUGAUCUUAUGGCUCAAGUUGAGUUAACAAAACUAGAGGUACUGGAGAUGGAGAAUGCUGUAAAAGCCUCUUUUGUUGAUACAGAAACACAGAUAGAAGCUUUCCAAACUGGUGUUUCAGGCCUUUAUUCUGCUUACAGGAACUUGAUUCAGGACAUUGUCAAGGAAACUCAGGAUACAAAGAAAGAAAUAAGGGAUUUAAAGAUUUAUCAUAGAAGUUCCAAGGGUUAUAGAGUAGACUCCUUAACAUCAAAUGCAAACAAAUGUAAGGAGUAUGCAAACCAGCAUCACACACUACAUCAGAUAAAAGAGCAACUUGUUGAAGUGAAUAGAAGAUUGAAUGUCAUAGACAAUUUUAUCAGAGCAGAAAAUAUGUCUAGCUUUCAACUACUGGAUGAAGAUCUCAUAGAUGCUGAUGAUUUGAGCGCUGAUAGUUCUUCAGUCUCUGAUUUAUCAACUGAAACUGACAGCUUUGCUUCUGGAAGCAAGUCACAUGAAUCCACAUAUACUUGCAACUUUAAGUUCCCUGGAAAAACAACUGAACAAAUUGUACACCUAAAAUCCGAAAGAUGUUCUGUAAUUCAAUCUCAUGGUAGUUGCAAAUCAUCAAAUACAGGAAAGCUUGUGGAAAGGCGAAUUCAUAAUGAAGCAGUAGUGUGCUGUCUGAGUAAAGAAUUAAAUGUCACAUAUGAUAGUUUUCAAAGAUUGUAUCUUCGUUUGUCUGCACUCCUCCAAGAAUUGGAUGAUGGAUCCUGUUUUUACCCAAAAGAACUGAAAAAGGUGGCUCCAUAUUUCCAGUUGGAGAUGCAGAAAGACAAAGCAGGUUGUGAGAAUGACAAAGAGAUAUUGGGUUAUAUGGAAAUUAAGCCUGAUGAUGGCUUCUUGACCAAAUUUAUGGAAGCUCAUGCAACAGUGCAGGAAGCUGAUCUUACACUGCAUGCCUUGACGGAAGCUUAUGAAGAUUCAAAACAGUUGACUGCUAUGUGGAAGCAAGCUGGUGAAGACUUGAUGAUUGAGAGAGCGAGCUUGGUAGAAGAGAUUCAAAAACUCAAAUUUUCAAUUUUUCAUAAAGAAGAAGAGAAUCGAUUACUGAAGGACCACAUACAUUUCAGUUUGAUGGAUAUGACAAAUUCAGUUUCUAUGCUAGAAGAGCAUUUCUUGCAAAUGCAAAUUGAUGUGGAGAAGAAAUUCUUGACAAUGUAUUCUGAUAUUCUUGUGACUGGGCAGGAGAUGCUAUACUUUAUGCACAACCUGAGGUCAUCAGUAGAAGAUAUUUGCUCUCAAAUGGUGGGUGAAGGGUUUAUAUCUUUUGUUCUGUACAAUUGCUGUGUAACAGAGCUUGUCAGUAAAUUUGCCUGCACUAGUGUGAACCGUGAUUUACAAUCAGCCAGACCAGGGGAAUUGCAUAAGUUGCCACAAAUUUGCUCUAGUGUUGCAGCGCCAGCAAUUAGUACAGGUAAAGAAGGUGCAGAGAAAAGAGAUCAAUGUGUGCUAAUCCAAAAGGUGCAAGAGCAGCCAGACUUGCCCAAUGUCAAUGUAUUAUAUGAAAAUAUGGCUCUUAGAAAGGAGUUAGAGAGGAAGCAAGAGCUAUUAGAGGGCUUACUUUUUGACUUUAGGCUAUUGCAGGAACAGGCUUCUAACAGCAAGGACAUUAAGGAUCAGACUGAGAAGUUAAUAUUUUCUCUAACCCAAGUUCGGUAUGAGCUAGAGAUUAAAGCAAGUCAGCUUGAUGAUAUACUGGUUCAAAACAGAAAACUUGAAGGUUCUCUUGCUGACACUGAGAAGGCCUUAACUACAUCAAAUUAUGACCUUCAACUUGCUAAAGAAUCAAUUGAGAAGCUUUCUAAUCAAAAUGUGGAGUUAAGGGAGCUUCUGAAAGAACUAUAUGCCAACAAAACUGAAGCUGAUGGGAAAUUGGAGGAACAUAAAGAGGUGAUUAGAGGUUUGGAAAAAGAAAUUUCUAAUUUGACAGCUUCACAGGAAAAUCAAUCACUUGCCUUGUUUGAAAGCAUUGAGGAUGAACUAAACCAGGUGAUAAUAGAGAGAGACCAACUCCAUGAAGAAGUUUGCGUCUUGAAUGGUAAGCUUGAGAUGGCUUAUUCCUUGGCUGACGAAAAGGAAGCUAUUGCCAUGGAAGCGCGUCAGGAGUCAGAGUCUAGUAAGCUGUUUGCUGAGCAAAAGGAAGAGGAAGUCAAGAUUCUGGAACAUUCUGUUGAGGAGCUUGAGUCUACCAUAAAUGUUUUAGAGAAAAAGGUACAUGAAAUGGAUGAGGAGGUGGGAAGACAUCGGUUAAUUAGUGAUUCACUGAGAAUGGAACUCCAAGCUUUGAAAGAGAGAUUAUUGUUAGUUGACAAUUUUCCCAAGAAUGCUUAUUCAGAAAGCACAAGUGGUCAAACUGAUGAGCAUAUAUCUAGACAACCCAGUAAAAUACUGGAACUUCGCGAGGCACUAAGUCGGAUAAGGUUUCUUGAAAAGGAAAAUGCAGAACAAGAUAAAGAGAUUAAAAAGUGCAAAGAGUAUAUAUCUGAAAUUGUGUUGCAUGCUGAAGCCCAAGCAUUGCAGUACCAACAGAAGUACAAGUGCCUGGAGUCCAUGUUCCAUGAAGUCAAAACAGAAGUGUCAAAUUCAACGUCAAUGGUAUCAGCAUCAGAGAAAAUUGAGAAAAGUUCAGUAAGGACAAGAGGUUCAAGCUCACCAUUCAGAUGCAUUUCAAAUAUUGUUCAGCAGAUGAAUCAGGAGAAAGAUCAAGAACUGUUAGUGUCAAGGCUCCGUGUGGAAGAACUAGAAGCACUUGCAGCUAGCCGGCAAAAGGAGGUAUGCAUGCUACAAACAAGGCUGGCUGCUACUGAAAGCAUGACUCAUGAUGUCAUUCGGGACCUUCUUGGUGUCAAAUUGGACAUUACCGACUAUGCAAAUUUGAUAGACGAAAACCAAAUUGUGAAAUUAGUGGAGGAGGCUCAUCAUCAUAGAGAAGAGUUCAUUGCGAAGGAAAAAGAGAAUCUCGAUUUAAGACUGCAGAUAAAUGAUCUCAUUGAAGAAAGAGAAUGCUGCAUAUCGGAACUGAAAACCAAAGAGGCAGAUAUACUUGCCACUCAGAUAGCAAUGCAGCAACUGCAAGAGCGAGAUCAAUUGCUUUCUGCACAAAAUGAAAUGUUGAAGAUGGACAAGACCAAUCUCAUCAGGAAGGUUGCAGAAUUAGAUGACAUGGUGAAAACACUAGUUGGGACACGAAAUACCCAACCUGCUCCACAGUCAUCAAAGACUAAGGACAAGGGUGCAUUAAAUUUGGGUAACGGUGGAUACAAUAAAAGGUUGUCUUUGUCUCAACCCGAACGACGCCUUUCUCGUUUUAAUGACGAGCCUUCUCGUUACCGCAAAUUUGCUGGUAAUAAUUCGCAAGGCUAAACUGUACAGAUACUCUUCACACGCACAAAAGAGAGGAGCAUAAAUAUCAUCAAAGAAAAAAAUGUACGCAUAUGUCCAUUUGUGCUAACCCUCACCUCGGGGAGCCAAUUAUGCAUUACAGUAUUUGAAGAUAUCCACUUCCCUAUUGUAUUUGUUCAAAUUCUCAGUUGACACGUUCGUGGUUGUCAUCUUGAAUUUUGAACAACUAUGCUUGAAAAGGCUUGUAAUGGUGUGCACCUAAUUUUUCUCUCGUGUGCAAUUUUUUUCAUAUGAUUGACACAAA